GUUUCUCUUUAUUCCUUUGCUCUCACAGAAAACACCCACCCAACCCAACCCAACCCAACCGACGAACUCCUCGUUGUCUUACGCUCCUCAACCUCUUUCCUGCCAAUCUUGCCGGAAAUCUCCGAUUCCCAGCUCGAAGAUGAAGAUUCCGGUGGACUGUUUUAUUCCUUGUGUCGCCAAAAUGUCCGUAUCUCCCUUCCUCAUCUUCAUGUCUUCCGUGAACCCUGCUCUAACUGUUUGUGGAAACCCUAAGCAAAAGCCACUUUCUUUUUCUCUAAUCUGAAGCAACAAGUAUUAUAAUCGGAGAGGAAGUAAUUUUCGAAUUGAAGGUGCGAAGAACAUAGACGGAAGAUUCUAACGAGUAUAGGACAUAGAGGAAUGGUCCUUUGAUGAUUCACAAAUUCCUGGUUUGAGGUUGUGAUCGUCCACUGAUUUGUCAGAUUGCUCUUCUACCGAAACCAUAAGUCAUUGCUUUAAGUUCUUGUAAUGGAGUGGUAGGUGUAGGACUCGGAUCAGUCUCACAGAAGAAUAGACCUUGAUUCCGAGUCACUGAGCAUUUGAGAGCAGAGUUGGACAGGUAGAAGUCGUUCAAUCACUUCUGAUCUCGCUAAACAUGCCUUUUCCGAUGAAGAUCCAGCCGAUUGAUUCUAGUUUCUCAGAAGGAUUAGUUCGGAACGAUCCAGUAAAACCUGUCGUGAAAUCGCGACUUAAGAGGCUAUUCGAGCGACAGUUCCCGAGCGUUUUGAGGAUUACAUCGGCCGACAAGCCCGGCGUCGGUGAAACUCAGUACAACAAAGAUGGCAGCAACGAUUGGGAGCCGAGUUCCAUAUGCUUGGCAAAUAUGGUUCAGAAUUUCAUUGAGGAGACCAAUGAGAAGCAGCCAGCGGCAGCUGCAAAAUGCGUUCGGAACCGCUGCAAUUGCUUCAACGGAAACUGUACCGACAGCUCCGACGAUGAACUCGAUUUCUUUAAUGGCUUCAGUGAGUCGGUAGCCGCAGCCUCUUAUGGUGAUGCUUGCGAAAUCCUCAAGAGCUUGAUCCCUUGUGCUAGCAUUGCCGAGAGGAAUCUUUUAGCAGAUACUGCAAAAAUUGUUGAGAAGAAUAAGAGCUGCAAGCGCAAGGAUGAUUGUAGAAAAUUAGUCAUCGACGGGCUCAUUCCUCUUGGGUACGACGCUUCAAUCUGCAAAUCACGUUGGGAGAAAUCUCCUUCGUAUCCUGCAGGGGAAUACGAAUAUAUAGACGUGAUCGUUCAAGGGGAACGGGUGUUAAUUGAUGUUGAUUUCCGGUCAGAAUUCGAGAUCGCUCGAUCGACAAAAAAUUACAGAGCAAUUCUUCAAACUCUCCCCUCAAUCUUCGUCGGCAAACCCGAUCGUCUUCAACAGAUUGUCUACAUCAUAUCAGACGCUGCAAAGCAGAGCCUGAAGAAAAAGGGAAUGCACUUCCCACCGUGGAGGAAAGCCGAGUACAUGAGAGCAAAAUGGCUCUCUCCUCACACCAGAACAUCAGCUUCAGACAACUCAACAACAGAAACUAAAUCCGAGACAAUAUACGAGAAAGAGUCGAGUUUAAUUACAACGACGAACUUCUCUGGUGAAUUCGAGCUGAUUUUUGGGGAGAAGAUGUCGCCAUCGGUAUCAUCGGAUCUUAGCGUAGAACCAUCUUCGCAGAAGGGAAUUUUUGAGGAGGAGAAGAUUAAAGUAGUUGUUUCAGAAUGGCAGCCGCCGGCGAUCAAACCGAAGAGUUCUCGCGGAGGAGGCAAAAUUGUCACCGGUUUAGCGUCCGUACUCAAAGAAAAACCAUAAAAAUUUUGUUCUUCCCCUUUACUCUCUUCCAGAUAAUCAAAAUUUCGUAUUAUCGUAUAACUUUUUGAUCCUCUCACCCUUCUUUUUUUUUCUCAAAGGGUUUGUAAGAAGGAAAUUCUGUAAUCAUCUACCGAUAAAAGAUCAUACAAUAAUAAUAGUAGUGAGAAAAUAACAAAAUUUUAUAGCAACUCUGCUCUACCCACUCGAAUGUAAUUUUUUUCUUUCAGAGAUCGUCUCUCCGUCUGUAAAAUUUUGUUCUUGGAGACCUGCUGUUCCCUCAAAUUGAGAAGUUCAAAAAAAAAAAAAAAGAGAGAAUCUUUUUGGUA